AUGAGUUUUCCAUCACCUCCAGUUCUUAAAACUACUAUAAUACAAUUGAAUAAAGAAUUAGAUCCAGAAGAUAAUAAUAAUAAUUAUGAAAUUUUAACAAAUAAUUAUAAUAAUAAUGAUAAUAAUGGAAAUAACCUAAGAAAUGUGAAUGAUUUAACACCAACUUCACCUAAUUUAGAAGGUCAAUUACCUAAUAAGAAAAAAAGAAGAAGAUCUACUGCGAAUAUAGAUUCAGAAGAAUUAGCUAAAAGAAAAAAUGAAACAAAACAAUUACAUUCAAUAAUUGAAAAAAGAAGAAGGAUUAAAAUUAAUAGAGAAUUUGAAGCUUUAAAAUAUAUAAUACCAGCUUGUAGGAAUUGUAAUAAUAAUACUACCAACACCUCAGGUUCAACAAGUCCAUCAUCAAAAAAGAAUGGAUCAUCAUCAAAUAGUAAUAGUAGUAAUAAUGGAAGUAAAAUAGAUGGAAUGUAUAAAUUAACAAUCUUAAAAAGUUCAGUUGAAUAUAUAUUAUAUUUACAUCAUAUUAUACAAAAGCAACAUGAAUUAAUAACAAAAAACCCUGCACUACUGUCAGAAGCUCAAGAAUUUGAUAUUGAUUUUGCUAAAGUUCCACUUGAUGUAAAUCAAUAUAGAAAUAUAGAUGUUGAUUUUAAUUUUAAAGAUUUAAUAAAUGAAACAAUUGGGUCUGAACAACAUCAAACUCAACCUCAAUCUCAACUACCACAAGCAAAACCAAAAUUAAGACAAAACAAACGUCAUCAAUCACAUCAAAUUAUAGAAGAAGAAGAUGAAGAAAAUGAUGAAGAAUUCGAUAGUGAGAAACAAAAUAGUGAAGAAGAUGAAUUAUCAAAUAAUCUUAGUAGUAGAUCAUCAAGUAUAGCACCAUCAACCAAAAUAUCUUCUUCAGAUCAGCAACAACAACAAUUAAACUUUCCUUCAAUUCAAAAACCAUCAUUACCUACUCCAGAAUUUACACCAGAUAUGGCACCUAUAUUAUCAAUGCUUAAUAAAUAUUCAACAACUACAGCUCAAGAAAUGAGAAAUAGAAAAUUAUCAAAUCCUAUAUCACCUCAAACUUUUGUUUUAAAAUCAGCAAAUCCUUCACCUUUUACUCAACCUUUAAAAUCAACUUUAACAUCACCAUCAAUGAGAGGUUAUAUUAACCUGAAUUCAACAAGCAGCAAUAAUAAUAAUAAAUUUUCAUUACCUGAUCCAGCCAUUACUCCAUCAAAUGAUAUACCACGAGACAAUAAUAGUACUAAAAUAUUUCGAAAUAAAUUAUUUAUAUCAUCUUCAAUAGAUAAAAGAAAUGAUAUUGAAAAUAAUAAUGAAGAUGAAAAUGAAGAUGGUGAAGGGGAUUCAAAAUUAUCAGAUCAAUAUGCUUCAAAGACAUUAUUAGCUUUAAGAAAAUCAAGUAUAGAUAGUUUAUUAAAUUGA